GGUAGGUGAGGUCAGGGCCGGGGCCGCCAUUUUGAGCGGCUCCGCGGGCGGCGGCGGCGGCGGCGGCCGCGGGCGGGGGAGGAGCGCGGCCCCCAUGGCCGGGCAGUUCGACUCCGAGGACCGGGCGAGCUGGUACUGGGGGCGGCUGAGCCGCGCCGAGGCCGUAUCGCUGCUGCAGGGGCAGCGCCACGGCACCUUCCUGGUGCGCGACUCGGGCACCAUCCCCGGCGACUUCGUGCUGUCGGUGUCCGAGAGCUCCCGCGUCUCGCACUACAUCGUCAACAGCCUGGGGCCGGCGGGAGCCCGGCGGGCCGGCGGCGAGGGCCCCGGGGCCCCGGGGUCGAAUCCCACCAGAUUUCGAAUAGGUGACCAAGAGUUUGAUUCUUUGCCAUCUUUACUGGAAUUCUACAAAAUACACUAUUUGGACACUACAACCUUGAUAGAACCCGUUUCGCGCUCCAGGCAGAAUAGCGGGGUUAUCCUCAGGCAGGAGGAGGCCGAGUAUGUGCGAGCCCUCUUUGACUUUAAUGGCAAUGAUGAGGAAGACCUCCCCUUUAAGAAAGGAGACAUACUGAGAAUCCGGGAUAAGCCUGAAGAGCAGUGGUGGAACGCAGAAGACAGCGAAGGGAAGAGGGGAAUGAUACCCGUUCCUUACGUCGAGAAGUAUAGACCUUCCUCUGCUUCAGUCCCCACUCUGAUUGGAGGUAACCAGGAUAGUUCCCACCCACAACCACUGGGUGGGCCGGAGCCAGGGCCCUAUGCCCAGCCCAGCAUCAACACUCCGCUCCCUAACCUUCAGAAUGGCCCUAUUUAUGCCCGGGUUAUCCAGAAGCGAGUCCCUAAUGCCUACGACAAGACAGCCUUGGCUUUGGAGCAGAACUCUGCCACCUUGACCUCACCAAAGAGGAGUACUUGGAAUAAAACCACAGCAUACAGAAGUCUUCACUUGAACCUUCAGUUUUGCUUUGAAGCAAAUGGGGUCGGUGAGCUGGUAAAGGUCACAAAGAUUAACAUGAGUGGUCAGUGGGAAGGAGAAUGCAAUGGCAGACGUGGUCACUUUCCAUUCACACACGUCCGUCUGCUGGAUCAACAGAAUCCUGACGAGGACUUCAGCUGAGUGUGGCUCAACAGUUGCUCUUACAGAUGGGAACAAUCUCAACUUAUUUUUAUUGCAGAUGCCAUCAAGACUAAGCUCGGACCGACGCUGCAAGCGGUAUUGCUUGGAUAAGCAUUCUGAUAACCUGCAAACCCCUGGGACUCAACACCACCAUUCCUUAAGCAAGGGUCAUGUAAUUCAGGGUACGACAGUAGAUAACUCGUGUGUCCAGUGGCAGAACUAGGCCAUGAUUAUAGGUUGUAAUGCCUGCUUAUGUCCACGUGCACGUCAGGCUGGGCCUUGCCAGCAGCAGCAGCUGGAGAAAGCAGUGCUGUAGAUGUUCAGAGAACAUUUAUAGCUCUCUCCGGGCCCAUUGCUUAUGUUGCUUCUUCCUCAGGCAAUGAAGAUCAACCGUAGACAAUUCAAUACCUUGAUAGAAAUUUCACAGAUUUAUCCUGGAGCUCUCUCCGUGUUUUUUUGCAUCCUGGGUUCUCUGUCCUAGAAAGGCUCCGCAGUGCUCUGCGUGGUCAGUUAGCUGUGCACAGCACAGGCUGAUGCAGGGCCGUUGGGGACAGCCUUAUGAUUUACAGAUCCUUACCAUUUUCAUGGUAAAUGACAGAUCAAAUCAACCUCAGAAUUCUAGAACCUUGUGGACACUAGAUUGAUUUCUUCAGUACUGUUGAUGCUUCAAACAUAGCAGCUGAUUUUAAUUUAAGAUUUUUAUUAACACGCAGUAUCUCCUUUUAUCCACAAAUACAAGGCUUAUGGAAGUGUAAAACUCCAUAUCAGUGCUGAAAAAUAUGUGCAUAGCACUUUAAUACGUAGCUUUAAAGCAGUGUUUGAUUCACUAAAUAUACUAAAAUAUUGACACUGCUUUCCAAUAAAAUUAAAUUGUGUAGGGCUAGUUCAAUUUUUCUAGAAUUCCUCAGUAUUGUACAAUACUGUUACAGUACAAAUCAGUGUCAAACACGGUGAACUGACAAACCAAAUAUUAGUUUUAUUUUAAAGACACUCUGGGGACUCUUCUGGUUUAAUUCCCAUCUGUAAAAUAUUUGAUAGUGAAUUCAUGAGGAUUUUAUUUUUAAUAAACUAAUGGAAAAUAAUUGUGUGCUUCUGGAUUGAUUCUCAAAAGGCAUAAUAGAGUAAAUAUGGCUUCCUAGCUCAUGGUGAAAAUCAGUGCAUUGAGUAGGCAGUGUUAUGCACUGCUUGAUGGUUGUUUUUUAGUCUGUUCUUCUAAUUAUCUGGUUUUCUCUAAUAUAAAUCAGAAUGGAUUUAGUAAGUUUUGUAAACUGAAAUUAAACACUGAAGUAACUCUCCCUUGCCUGUACCCUGGGUUGUUUUCCAAGCACAGCACUCUGGUGACCAAACUAAAUUUUGUAACUUUGACUACAGUAUAAUCCAUGCAGAAGGGUUUUUCUAAAUGGUAUCAAACUGAAACUGUUGGGUUUGGUGGCUUCAGAGCCGUUGACCCCAAGGCUCAUGGGUUGCACGUGCUGCAAGGCACGGACCCUACAACAAUACUGGUAACACUUUACCUCAGAACUCUGUAACAUGCUGGAAAUUAUAAUAUUUCUGUUCUAUUUAAGUACUAGUUGUUUUACUUCAAAACUAAUCCAUCAGCAAGUCUGAGUAAUGUUCAGGUUAUGGGCACUCAUUAAUUCUGUGGACUAACGUUAAUCACUCUUGUCCAUCACCAGUCUCAUGAGCACUACUGAGGAUGAUCAUCAAAAACUGACAGCAGGGACAGUGGGGUAAGAAUGGAAACGAGGAAUUGCAGCUCUGUUCUACCUUGGAUUGCUAUUCUGGUCAGGGUGGCGUGCCAGUGAUUGUGGGAGCUCUUCUAGCUUAGUACAAAAUUUACUUUGAGGGGAAAAAAAUGGCAAAACUAACUCUCUAGGUUCUGUAACUCAUCAGGUUCUUUAAGGCUGAUUUGUGGUUUUCCUCUGCUCUUGAUAUUCACUGUAACUGUUCGAGGGGUUUUGUUCAAUAACUGCACUCUAAAUAACAGACUUAAUACUGAGUUUUUCAGUUGCCCAUAUAUGCUUAUAUUUUCCUUCAGGUAUUGCAAAAGAAACACAAUAAACAGUGUGUCCUUAGAGUGACACUGUUCUGAAGUAUUUUUGCCAACUGCAGUUAAUGAAAGCCCAUAUAUUUGUACCUUUCCAAUCAGGAAUUCAGAUACCAAAAGAUCAUUUUUCUGGAAGUUUUAUUAUGCAAACCUUGCCUUUUUAAUACAAAAUACAUGAAUUGAAUUAACUAGCAAGUACCCUGCAAACUUUGUAGAUGUGGUUUUGUUAAGACUGUAUAAAUUGUGAAUAUUUGUACACUUUGAAAGAGCAAAAUAAGGAAACUAGAGGAGUCUUAAUAGCUGCUGUUACACUAGAAUCCCAAGUUCUUGUCAAGCAGUUUUUUUAGCUGACUGAUACAUUAAUGCAACUGUUUUCCACUCUUCAGUUCUAAGCUGAAAUGUGAUUUUGUUUCAUAGGUGAUAGAAAGGAGUAUGAAUUUGGACAAAAUAGACAUUUCAACUUGUCAGGCUCUUCAAGGCAGAUAGGUAGAACCUAUGUCCAUGAACAUGUAGAGGAAAUCCUUUUGUGGCCUUUGUUUAUCCUUUUCUAUUUGUUCCCUCCCUUCUCCCCGAUGCGUGCAAAAAAAUCAUUGCUCAGAAUGUUGGUCACAAUCUUUUGUCUCUUCCUUGGCUGUGGUUUUGGUCUCUUGUGCAUAGGCAGGUGUUAGAACUAGAAUAAUCAUUUCUAGAAAUACACCAUGAAAGCAGAAUGCUCCAUUACACUGUGUUCUUCUGGUGCAUUUACACGUUAUAUCACACUAAAAAGUACAACUGGCUGCUAUGGUUUUUUAAUAUAUAUUUCAUUUUGGUAAGCCCCAGCCUUUUUACUAAUAUAUGACCUGGUUAAAUCUUGUUAAUCUGUUUGAAUUGUAUUUGUUAAUAAUGCAAAUAUUUCUAAUCAUCUUUAAGAGUAAAAUACUUCCUUUUUGUUAAUGGUUUUGGGGAAGGAUUCUAACCAAACCUGUUUGAAGAAAAAUAUGAACAUGUGCCAUUGUAUUAUAACACUAUCCACUUUCUUGACAGUUAAAGUCCUUUUUUAUUUUUUUGUAGCAUGUAAUGUAUAUGUUCAUAGUACGUGAAGUAAAUAAAAGUAUAGCCAAAACUUUGACUCA